AGAGAAGUUAACUUCUCAGUAAUUGACGGUCGCGUGUGGGACACUAGGGGUCCGCAAACAUGAAGCUGUGUCUCACUUUUAUAGAAAAUGAGUUUCGGGGCGAGCUCCUGAAUCAGCGGUGGACGCGAGGCGAGAGGAUCAGCCGCUGCCAGUCCACACAGAGGCUGCAGAGCAGACCAAUCAAAAUGAGUGUGGAGAGUGAUGACAAGCAAAGCACACGCACACGCUCCAAGGGAAUCAGAGUUCCCAUAGAGCUUGUUGGACAAGAGCUAAGCUGCCCCACCCCUGGAUGCAAUGGCUCUGGCCACAUCAGUGGGAGAUAUUCACGACACAGAAGUGUGUUGGGCUGCCCCUUGGCCAGGAAGAGACGUCUGGCGGAUGCUGAGGCAGUGCAGGAGCAGCCCUUCUCUAAAAGGAAGUCCCACCCUCUAAAGCUGGCCAUGGACGAGGGCUUCAGCGUGGACAGUGAUGGGAGUAGCGAGGAGGAGGUGGAGGCCAGGGAGGAGGAAGAGGAGGAGAAGGAGAAGGAGGAGAAGACAGAGGAACAGCCACAGGCACAGCAGGAAGAAAAGCCAGAGGAGGAGCAGGAGGAAGAGGAGGAAGAGGAGGAAGAGGAGGAGAAGGUGACAGAUCAGAAAGAGGAGAGCAUAGAUGCAGAUGAAGAAGAAUGCAUGAUCAUUGAGCCGGUAUCCAGUAAAACAGCAUGUAAAGCUGAGGAGGGGGAAUGGCCUAAGAGAGAGGACUACUCCACCUACCAUCAGAUCCCAACCAACUCUCUACUAAACCUGGGUGGGGUCCCCGACACCACAGAGACCACCUCACAGGAGCCUGUUACCAUGGAGACAGAGAAGGGUGUUACAGCUGUGGAGCAUGCUGCUGUGGUAGUGGAACACUCAGUAGAGGAGGAGGAGGAGGAG